AUGCUCCCUCACUUCUUGCUGCUCUUCCUCCUGCGCUCGGUGCAAGCCACUGAGCACCCGGAGGGCCGCGGGGACAACCAGAGCUUGGAGGCGGUGCUGGCUGCGCCCAACGCCUCGCACUUCUUCUCCUGGAACAACUACACCUUCUCCGACUGGCAGAACUUUGUGGGCAGGAGGCGGUACGGGGCUGAGUCCCAGAACCCCACGGUGAAAGCCCUGCUCAUCGUGGCUUACUCCUUCAUCAUCGUCUUCUCGCUCUUUGGGAACGUUCUGGUUUGUCAUGUCAUUUUCAAGAACCAGAGAAUGCAUUCGGCCACCAGCCUCUUCAUCGUCAACCUGGCCGUUGCGGACAUCCUGAUCACGCUCCUCAACACCCCCUUCACUUUGGUCCGCUUUGUGAACAGCACGUGGGUGUUUGGGAAGGGCAUGUGCCAUGUCAGCCGCUUCGCCCAGUACUGCUCCCUGCACGUCUCAGCACUAACACUGACAGCCAUUGCUGUGGACCGUCACCAGGUCAUUAUGCAUCCACUAAAACCUCGAAUCUCAAUCACAAAAGGCAUCAUCUACAUUGCUGUCAUCUGGACCAUGGCUACAUUCUUUUCACUCCCACAUGCCAUCUGCCAGAAAUUAUUUACCUUCAAGUACAGUGAGGACAUUGUCCGUUCCCUGUGUCUGCCAGACUUCCCUGAGCCAGCUGACCUCUUCUGGAAGUACCUGGACUUGGCCACCUUCAUCCUGCUUUACAUCCUGCCCCUUCUCAUCAUCUCGGUGGCCUAUGCCCGAGUGGCCAAGAAGCUGUGGCUCUGCAACACAAUUGGUGAUGUGACCACAGAGCAGUACCUUGCCCUGCGACGCAAGAAGAAGAAGACCAUCAAGAUGCUGAUGCUGGUGGUGGUUCUUUUUGCCCUCUGUUGGUUCCCCCUCAACUGCUAUGUCCUUCUCCUGUCCAGCAAGGUCAUACGCACUAACAACGCCAUCUACUUUGCCUUCCACUGGUUUGCCAUGAGCAGCACCUGCUACAACCCUUUCAUCUACUGCUGGCUCAACGAAAACUUCAGGGUUGAGCUGAAGGCAUUAGUGAGCAUUUGCCAAAGGCUUCCCAAGCCUCAGGAGGACAGGCCGCCCUCCCCUGUUCCUUCUUUCAGGAUGGCGUGGACAGAAAGGAGCAGCGGCCGGAGGGGGCCACUAGCUAAUAACCUCCCACCCGCCUCUCACCUCCAGUCUGGGAAAACAGAUCUGUCAUCUGUGGAGCCCAUUGUGGCAAUGAGUUAG